AUGAGGGAGGGGGACAGAAAGGAGAGCAGGGUGGAGGGGUUGGCCGAUGAGGAGAGAGCUGCAGCCCUGCCCAGAGACGGAGGCAGCAGAGCUGGGCGACAGGCAGGGGAGUCAUAUAGGGCCCGGGACACAUUUUCUGCCUAUUUGACAGGCAGACGGACAGACGGCAGGACGGAUACACGGGUGGGGGCUGUGCUAGGCGGCUCGGCGGCAGGCUGGUGGAAGAUGUCGUCAGGAGCCGGUGGGAGGGGCGGAAGGCAGCUCAGGGGGACAGCAAGCGGCGGGGGCGGAGGAGGGCGAGGAGGGGCAGGAGAGGCGGAGGAAGGCCCCGUGGGGAUCCCUUUCCCCGAGCACAGCGCCGACAUCCUGGGCAGCCUGAACAAGCAGCGGCUCAGCGGCCUGCUGUGCGACGUGCUCCUGGUCACUCAGGAUCAGGAGUUUCCUGCUCACCGCUCCGUCCUGGCCUCUUGCAGCUCAUACUUCCACAAGCUCUUCACUUCAGGUGCCGCUGCCGAUCAACAGAACAUCUACAACAUCGAAUUUGUGCCAGCGGAGGCCCUGGGAGCAUUGCUGGACUUUGCCUACACAGCCACAUUGACAGUCAGCCACAGCAGUGUGGCGGACAUCCUUGCCGCUGCUCGCCUCCUGGAAAUUUCACCUGUCCAGGACGUCUGUACUCACCUGCUGGACACCAAAGUGCUCUCCCCGCCGGCGGGCAAUGAGCAACGAGAUGAAGAUGAAAAUAGGGAGGGAAAGGGCAGAGGGGGCAAGGAGCAGGGGAACCGGGUGCGGGCCCGGGAGUACCUGGAGUACUUCCAGAGAGGGGCGCACUGGAGCAGCAGCUGCAGCACGCCAGAGCUCAGGGACCUGCCUACACACCUGCACUUUAACCAUGGCAAUGGCCCCAGCAACGGGGCUCCUGGUGGCCCCGGUGAGUACCUCUCCCCCCUGGCCCUCGCAUUUGCCCAGGCCCCAACACAGGAGCCAGAAGAAGAGGACGAGGAUGAAGAGGAAGAUGAGGACGGGGAGCCAGUGCAGGGGAAUGGAGCGAGCCUGGGGUCGUCUUACUACCCCCCAUCCCAGAAUGGGCACUUCUACCUCCCACCUGACUCGAGGCUGGGGCAGGAGACCGAAGUGGAGGAAAGUGGUAGGGAAGCGAGGGAGAGGGAGAGGGAGAGGGGCUCAGCCAGUGCCCUCCUGCAGCAGAUGAUGGACUCCAUCGAGAGGCAAAAGGAGCGUGCAACGACCGGGGAUGACCUAGGAGAUGGGGACGACCCAGACAUGGAAUUUUACUUGAAUUAUUUUAACAGCACACAGCAUGAGGAUACAGCUUCUGCUGCUGUGACAGAGGGUGUGCCGCCGCUCUGGUUAUCACGGGGCAGUACUGGCCAAGACAGAGGAGGAGAGCGGGUUGUUGGAGAGAGAGGCAGCGGGGGUGGAGGAGGUGGAGGAGAGAGGAAGAUGCGCUCUAAGGCCUUCCAGAAGUGCCCCAUAUGCUCCAAGGUCAUUCAAGGAGCAGGCAAGCUACCCCGCCAUAUCCGAACGCACACGGGAGAGAAACCCUAUGAAUGCGCCAUCUGCAAAGUGCGCUUUACCAGGUAA